UCUUUCUUCUUUCGUUGUAGCUGAUUUUCACUGGAGAAUACGUAAGAGCCAUGAACGAAAACUUCCAUAGUGGUCAUUUCUGCUGUGAGCAGUGUAACAAAGCACUGAGUGGCCAGAGUUACAUCUUAAAAGAAGAGAAACCAUUCUGUGUGGCUUGCUACGAUAACUGCUUUGCUAAUGAAUGCGCUGAAUGUAACCAGAAGAUUGGACACGAUAGUAAGGAUCUCAUUUUCAAGUCGAAGCACUAUCAUGAGACAUGCUUUGAAGCCCGCUACACAUGUUCUAUGUGUAAGGCAUCUCUUGCAGACAAGGCCUUUGGUAACUGGGAUGGACAACUCUGCUGCCUCCAAUGUUAUGAGAAGAACUUGGCAAAGAACUGUCAAGCAUGUGGAGAAUUAAUAAAGCCUGGAAUGAAACGUCUUGGUUUCCAGGGCAAGGAAUGGCAUGACAAGUGUUUCCGAUGCAAGGUUUGUGAUGAACAUAUUGGAGGAGGGAUCUUCGUACCCAAGGAAGAUAACAUCUACUGCAGUUCAUGCUACGAGGAGACCUUCGGUACCAAGUGCGCUGGAUGUGGCAAGAUCAUCUCUACCGGUGGACUUCAGUACAAGAAUGAGCCUUGGCACAGAGAAUGCUUUGGUUGCGCCGAGUGUGGCAAGUCUCUGUACAAUACUCGCUUCACUGUCAGAGAUGAUAAGAGACUCUGCGCUGAUUGCUUCGGAGAGAGGUACGCCAGGAAGUGUUCGGAGUGCAAGCAACCCAUUGUUGGUCAAGGCGGAACUAAAUACGUCUGUUUUGAGCAGAGGAAUUGGCACAACAAAUGCUUCAACUGCAAACGUUGUCAAGUCUCACUGGUGAACGAGUGCUUUGUGACGGAAGAAGAUAUUAUUUGCCCUAACUGUGCACAAGGCUAAAGAAGAAGUACUUCUUAAAAACCCUGCCCACCUUACCCCCUCCCCUACCCCUUGCCGUACAAUCCCUCCCACCCACACCCAACCUCUAGGCCCCACCCUUAAUACGUAGCAAGUCAAUCAGAAUAUUAAUUGCUAGUUUAUCAUUUCUGCCAUGUUUUUCAUCGUCUUUUGUUUGGACCAUAUAUCAGACAAGAAUUUAAUGACUGGCAGUGGAUUGAAUUCUUUUGUAAUCAUUGAAGUUUCUGAUAAAAAAAAUUUCCACCUAAAGUGUUGAAACAUGAAUUGGUUUUAAACCAGCUAUCCAAUUUUCUCUAACAAUGCAUGUACAUGCUUAAUAUACAUUUGAAGAAUACUCAGUUUGAAUGAGCAGUGAAUAUAUACAUAACUGCUUUAUUGAUCUGUAGAAUUUUCAGAUGUUUUUGUCAAACAUCACCAGACACUGAAAAAAUACAAGAAGCAAUAUAUGCAUUCUGCCCCAACAAGUUUUUGUAUGGUUUGAAAAUUAAAUGAAUGAAAUUCAUACCGAGUGGCUUUACCUCUAAUGUGAUGAAAAUUUGGUUGAUUCCUUUUUAAUAAUUCAAUUAUGUCGAUAAAAUAUGACAGAUGGAUAUGAAAAGUAAUGCAUGGAGAUAGGGUAGGCGAUGGCUGACGCGAUUAUUGGAUUUGAAAUUUCUUUUCAAUUGAGCUCUUGUAUGCAUGCUUAUGAGUUACGAUAUACAUCAUCUGUUUUGAAGUAGGAAUGAUAAACUAGCAUACCUGACAAAAAUAUAUAUAUUGAAAUAUUGACUCUUAUCUAUAGUACUAUCAAACUUAUUAUUGUAGUUAUUACCGACAGUCUCUUUAUCUUGGACAAAAUUGAAACCAUUCAUCUUUAAAUCUAUUUAUUUAUUAUUUAAUCAAUUGAACUUAUGUGACUGUGUCUGUAAUAGAGCAAAGAAAAAAUGAAAACAUGCCUUGGCAGUACUGUCUUGUUGGACUUUUUUUAUGUCAAUAACACAAGUACUAUUUACUAGAUUGUUGUAUUUAUAAAAAAAAUAAAUCAUGAAAAAAUAGAAUAAAGUAUGCAUAUGAUUUGAAGGAAAAUACUUUUAAAUAUAGUAUUUAUUACUGUUAAUUCAUUGCAUAAUAUCUGCUUGAUGUAGGGGUACAAUAAAUUUUUGAUAACGCACCCAGUUAAGUGAUUUUUCUUUUUGAAUGAAAAAUGCAAAUGGGAAUGCAGAGAACAAAUCACGUUUUCUGAUAUAUCUGGCUAAAACUAUGCAGUGAUUUUUGUUGAUAGUGUAUGUUGAAUGAAGGAAAUGUACAUUUUGAUUAAUUUAUUAUGACUAUUGCUUACUAAAUGUUGCAAUUUAGUUUGUAGUAUGUUUUUAUGAAUUAAACCUUUUUUUGUUGUUUUGAUCGUGAAGUGCAAAAAAACAAUAUUGUAGAUAACUAGUCUUUGUAUGAUAUUAUAUUUCAUUUUAAUGUCAGUUAUUAUACUGACACUCUGCAUAGCAGCAUUAUAAUGGAUGCAUAAGACUUGCAUUAAGUGGCAAACAAUAAGCCAAGUUUUGCCUGACUUUACAACAAGCUUUUCUUUCAUAACUUCUUGCCUGACACUAUCAAACAAUUACAAAACAGGCAUUGUAAUAAACGUAUUGUCAUCUUUUUAUCUAAUUUUAAACUGAUAAAUGAACUUCUUCAUGUACAGAGAAAUAUCUUAAUCUUCAACUCUGAUAUUUCAAUUAGAGUUUUAUAUACUUUUAGAUAAAAAAUCACACAUUUUUUUCUUUCCAUCAAUGAAAUUGUAAAUAAGAUAUGUUUAGUUUAUUAGACAAGUAAUGUCACUCACACCACUGGUAAAGAACAAGUCAUCUGAUUUUGGGUGAUCUCUUACAAUUUAUAUAGCUAUAUACAAAUCAACACUUCAGAGUAAAUUGUGCAAAGGGAAUUUUAUUUGUCCACUUGCUUAUUUUCAAGAGUUUUUUUUCUGAAUAAAAAAUUGUGCAGCAAGGAAUAUCACUGAACCAAGUCUCGCUGCAGUCUCGCCAACAAUACCGACUCCAAACCGCUCGAUGGUAUGCCAUUUAAAAUAAUGUAAUUACUUUGAUCUCUCUGGAGUCGGUUUUGUUGGUAUGACUGAAGUAUUAUUAGAAGUGGAACAUUGUAUCAAAUGUUACAAUAACAGAAUUUGUUUUUAUAGCGAUAGAUAUGAUCAUUUCUGAUUCCUGAUAGUGUAUAAUGAAGCAAUAAUAUCAAUAUUCUGGAAGACGAUAGAGUGGAGAAUGUAGAUUGAUUGUUGCUUGUAAUAUAGGCAAGGGUACAAUAAUCAGCGAGUUUUAUCAGAAAUACAUGUAUGUCAAAAGUCUGGGAAAAGAAAAUUGUGAUAAUAGGAGAGUGAAUAUCUGGUAAGAACGGAAUGCUUGUCAUUGUAUUUUUUUUAUUAGGAAUGUCAAUGAUGGUUUAACUUAAGAUUCUGAAUACUGUUAAAGGAUCUUAUUGAAAGUAGAUUAAAUCAGGAGAGAUAAUAAACAUUAAUUUUUCAAAGAGGCAUACAGCCAAUUGACACUGUCAACUUUUAGUCAUUUUCUCAAGUUUGCAGUUAUAAUCUUCCUUCUGAAAUACUCUGAAAAAAAAGUUUUUCUCAUUGUGAAAUCAUACUUGGUGUAAAUGUAUAUAAUUUGACAUAAUUUUGAGAAGGUAAAAUCGAUUUUGUCUUUUCUACAUAUCUGGUCUUCAUUGCAUAACUUCAUAGCAAUAUUCAAGUCUUAUAAUGAUUAUAAAUGAAAAUGAAAUCAUGUAUUAAACAUCAGACUAUUUAAGAGAGCAAGGCUUGACAAUCAAAAUUACCUUUACUUUUUUCUCAUUUUAAUAAAUUAUUUCAAGUCUAUUCUAAUUCAAUUUUCCAAUACAAUUAUGUAGUGUGGUAUUAAUUCAGUAGUCUUUCAUUAGCUAUUGUGGAUAUGACCGAUCAUUUCUUGUAAAAUAAGAUGUUCCCUUCUUCUAAAUUACCUUUGUAUUUGUAUUACAUAAUAAUAUACUUUCCAACUGAAGUAGUAUGCCUGCAGCUUUUAAUUGAGUAGAAAAUUGCAACAUCUCAUGAAACGUACCUGAUGAAAUAAUAGAAUCUCUGUUGAUCCUUUCUGUCAUUUAAAACUUUCUAAGAUAUAAACAUUUCAGUUUUUAAUUAACUGAUCAAUUGAUUUUUUCUUUCAAAUAACUCGCAUACAAAUGAAUCUCAUUAUUUGCUAGACAGUAAUGAAUGUAUGAUUCAAGUUAGUAGUGUAAACUUAACAAUAUUGCAUGAAUGAACAGGUUCAUGUAUCUUGUAAUUUCAGAUGAUAUAUCAAUGCAUAAACUCUUUUUGAAUUAUCUAAUAUUGAUAUCAUUUUCCUUCUCUAAAUCAAUGUUGGGCUCGUAAAUAAGAUACAUACAUUGAUGAGUUAGUUUCUGAUAAAUUAAAAUGACUGGUAUUGUUUAGGUAAACUAUGAGUUUUAUUCUUCCUAGAUAUGUAUAGUGUGCAUUAAAAUUCUCUUCCAGACAGUUUUAAUCUAA